AAGUCCGGCGAGCAGACAGGCAGAGUGCCGAGCGUCCAUGCUUGUUGAUCGGUGCUGUGGAGUUCCGUCUGAUGUGCAUGUGAAAGAUACCGAUCUUAAUAUGGACACGGGACUGAAUUGGGCAGGCCUGCAGUACAAACUAUGUUAAAACACCUGCCAGAGGACAUCAUAUCAUUUAUAGUACAGUCCAAGCAGGCGGCUGAAGGAAGGAAGGAGAGGAAAAGAAGUCAUUCUUUCCGAAGCCAUUGAGGGAGUCGUUUCUGGGAGUUGUCCACCCAUCAUGAGAGACGCCUAUUGUCCCCGCUCCUUCUGCUGCCCGACUAUGUCGGGAGGCUUCCAGUUAUUGCUGUGUGGUGAGGGGACUCGGAGUGGGAGAGGAAUGAGAAUUUUUGCAAUACGCUGUCAUGACAACGAUGAAAGUGACAAAGAGACACUUUGAUCAACGCACAGGACAAGACGUGAACUUUGCUUCGCCAUGGUGAUUUCAUGGAGUGGGCAGCGUUAGUCUUCAUAAUUGCCCCACUCACAUCUUAAUAUGGGAAAAGCUGCUUUAAUGCAAUCUACAUGGGGGCUUUCCUCUUGUUUUGAAUGCUUUCAUCUGUUUUGAUGACUUCUGAAAAGUGUGGCUUUGAGACCUGACUUCCAUCCCAUUUGAAGUGUAUUGUCAAACUAAACAUCAAACGUGUAUUUAUUAGUUGAUCAAGAGUUGUGUCUGAUAAAGUGUAUUCAGAUUGUUAUUGUUCAUCUCAUGUAGUUUAUUUUUCUAAAAAAACAGCCAGUGGUGAUCACGUCACUCCAUCAGUUAUUAUUCCGUCAUUAUUUCAGGCUGGCCCAGUCCGUCGGUCGUCGUCGUCAGUGACAGCCAAUCGGUAUCAGGACCGUACUUACUAUGUCACCCGCAUAUGCAGCACAAGCAGACUUGAGUUUAAAAAAAAAAAGUGUUACAUGCCUUUCGGUCCCACAGACCACAGGAACAUUGUGCCGGCCUGAAAUAAUGACGGAAUAAGGACUAAUGGAGUGACGUGCCCACCGUGGUAAAUCGGCGACAGAAUCAAAUCUCACGGCUUGGGUGGACGGAUGCAAAAUAGAACAGAAACCAAGUAGGAAGUCGCGGCUCCUAUUAGCAACAUCCUGCAGAUGUAUGCAUGCCGUGCUCAAGGUCCCGAGAAAGGCCGAUCAAAGAGGAAUUCCUCCUGGAUGAGUGCCACGGUGUUAGUCAUGUUAUUCAUAUCUUUCUGAGUCACACCAGAAAAACCAUGAGCAAAUCCCCCCCCAACCCCCUCCCUUCAUGCAUUUCAUUGUCUGAGGUCUGGGGACGGGUCUGCUUGCCUGUCCAUAUUUAAGUCACAAAAAUGUAUCUGGUUAAAACCUCUAAUGGUUUGUAUAUAUCCCACCGGGUCAGUGGGGGGCUUUCCACACUGCAACGAAUGGCGCUAGCCACCAGUUAGUCAUACUCGCUCAAUAGCUGGCAAUUGCGCCAGAGAACCACUGAUGCAAACGAAGUUCUUAUGUCGUGGGAGAGGGGGGGACUCAUGCCCACACCCAAAAACAAUCAGAAAAAGAUGAAAUGAAUACAAUAAAUAACGACAUAAUAAAUAAAUAAAUGCUUGCAUACUUUUUCAGCAAUUCAUCUUCAAACAUGCACAAUAUAUUUAGAAAGAAAAUCUCUAACUUCACUUGACAAGGUCUUAUUUGGAGUUUAUCCUGAGUAAAACAGGCACAAUUCAAGCAAGGACAGGUUGUUUUUCCCAACCAAAAUUUGUGGUGCGAGCAAGCCCCGGUUUCGCCGCCGCUUGAGUGAAAUAAUAAAAGUGGAGCAAAAACUGUAGUGGUCUCAGCUGUUGGCAAGGAGAGCGAUCUGUAUUUUGCAGAGAUCUCUGCGAAUGACAAAACAAAAUGUUUAUACCUGCUUGAUUAUACCCUCCAUCCAUUUUCUGGACUACUUAUUGUCAUUCCUGGGUCAGCAUGGCUCGGUGGUGGAGUGGUCAUUUCUCAACCCAGAGGUUGGUGAUUUGAUCCCUGGCCAUUGCGACCAUGUGGAAGUGUCCUUGAGCAAGAUACUGAACCCGCAUUUGCUCCUGAUGCUGCGUCACUGAAAUGCACCUAAAUGCAAUCAUCUUCCACCAAAGACCACAGUGCCAGUGAAAGUUUGGAACUGGAUAGCUCAUGAUCAUAUCAGAUCAUAAUCAUCACCAUCAUCACCGCCACCACCACCUCUGAAAAGAAGACAACAGUCCAACAUGAAGAUUAAGGAGAGGAAGGAAAUACCAACGAUACUGUUAAGAUUAACAGCGGCCGUCACGGACGACAGAGCGGAUAUUGCGCAUGCGCACACCAACACCCCGGAAGUAACCAGAGCACAUGACCAGGACAAAUAUGGCGUCCACCUCGUCGAUGGAAAACGCGUUUAAGUCAACAGUGAGUGUUUUCUCUGCUAUUCUCUUAAUUCUUCAGGUCAUUUCAACUCCCGCAUGAGGUAACUACAUGAACUAGACGAGUUUCGGGUCACAAAUACGAACGGAGAAAAUAGAGGGAAUUCGUAAAUGCGGCGGAAGUCUUCGGUUCGUCUUUGAAAGAUGCAGCAACAAAGGAGCAAGCAAUGGUCGGAAUGAGAUAUAACUGAGCAUGCAAACAAACAUGGACUUUGACGAAGGGACACAGUGAGUGCACAGUGCCAUGGGACCAGUAAACAUUAUUAUUUCCACUGUCGGAAAAUGCGUCGAUGUAGUCAGUUUAAUGCUGGACGUCAAUUACCUCCUCGUCCACACCACCGUCCGCACAAUACUGGCUGUGUCCCAUUUUAUUAUCAACCUGCCUGCACUCAUGGUCUACUGCAUCCUGGAGCUGUGCAACUUGGUGGCGCUCUUCUUGCUCUCCACUGCAGUGGCAAUGUCCCACAUCGCCCAAGGCGCGGCUGCCGGCCUCAUGCUUUCUCUGGAGGGGGUUCUGGAGAGCUUGAAGAUGGUUGGCUACCUGUUAACGCACAUGCUGCUCCGCGGCAAGGAGCAGCUCUGCCGGGGGCUGCUGUUGCUGCUGGAGGCCUGCGGCAUAGCCCUUAGCCUACUGGUCUACCUGGUCAACAUGACGGUCAACUACGCCCUCAUUGCCGCCCUCAACCUGCACUCGGCCCUGCUCAGUGUGUGGCAGACGGUGUCCAGCCCUCUGCAGAUGGCGCUGGAGCUCACACUGACCUCCAUCACCUUCCUCUAUAGCAGCCUGAUUGGCACAUCGGCCUUCCUGUGGUCCCCCUGCAAGCUGGCGUUGGACUUCCUGGCUUCGCUGGUGCACAUCUUUGUCAGCAUCUUCAUACUCAACACAUACGGCCUGGUGCUCACCGUCGGCAUAGCGCUGACGACCACCGCCUACCUGAACCCAGAAGUCACCAGGCAGGCGUCGCGGAGACUCAUGGCUUUUGUGAACUCCUUCCCGGCACUCCAGACCCUUUCCACGGCGCUUCAUUCAACCUUGUGUUUAAUACACGGCGUUAUGCGACACCUGCACCGGGUGUCGCUUCACCUCUACCUGCUGGAGAGAAGAAUGUGGCAGCAGCUGUCUCGUCACAGCAGCCAGUUGAGCUUGGCGCUGAGGAUGCAGCUCCACGGGCAGAACCGAGCGGGCAGUGACCCCGAUGGCGAGGUGAUCAGGCGGGACCCGCCCGACGGCAGGGCGGAGGACCACCAACGGGAGCAGUCGGCGUCGUCGAGCACUGUAAGACCUCUGAAGGCCGAGAAACUGUGGAGGCCGCCGGCGGAGAACCUGCUGACGCUGCUGAACGAGCAGGAGCACCGCAAGAUGUGCGUCAUCUGUCACGAUUGCGCCAAGACAGUGGUGCUGCUGCCAUGCAGGCACCUGUGCUUGUGUCGAGGUUGCACCGACAUCCUGCUGCACCAGCCUUUCUACCAACACAACUGCCCGCUGUGCCGCCGCAUUAUCUUCGACACCAUCGAGGUUUACCUCUGAGGCGGCACAAAAACUCUACUCCCACAUUUUUACAAACCCUGGAAAGUUUUUUUUUUUUUUUCCUUCAACCAGUAUAAACUCCAGCUUCACUGUGACCCUGAAAUAGCCAUUUAAAGUAAUUGCCUUCUUGAAUAUUUUUUUUCCACAUUUAAUCCCAGGAAAGGGGAAAUUAUAUCAUUAUGCAAUAUGCAAAUGUAACCUGAAACAGAAACAAAUUUCACGAUCAUAGUGUUGUACAGUAGCACUGUGGUUGUGUGGUUUGCACAGUUUUGAGGGUUAGGGUUUAAAUCUCAUGGCCUUCCUCGAUGGAGUUUACAGCAUCUUUUCUGCCAUGCUUGUGAUCUCAGAGGACUCGCGUUUCCUCCUCAGACAAGUUAGAUUGAAGACAUUGAAUUAUCCAGUGGGGUUACUGUGUUUAUGGAUGUUGUUUAAUCAAUAUUAUGGAAAAUGGUUGGAUUGUGUCCAUCUAUUUUUUUGUUUUCAUUCAGAAGAGUCAUGUCAAAUUACUCUGGUCAACAGCAAAUCUUAAUAUGGGAUGUCUUUAUGUGUCCCUAAAUGUAUUUUUGACGCUGAUUUCAAAAAAUAUGUCGGGGUUUUUUUUGGGGGGGGGUUGUUUUUUUUGUGGCACAAUAUUUUAUGUGAUAUUAUAAUUUUGAGCGAUGACGUUUCAGGAAAAAAAUCCACCUCUUGCUUAAUUGAACUAUGAAUUCAUAAGUAUUACAAAAUAUUGCUACAUUGCAGAUUAUUAUUAUGUAAUUAUGUGCUCGAGAAUAAAACAAGGGAAGAUUUGUAAUCGGCGAAAAAAAAGAAUUGUUGACCAAUGUUCUCACCAAUGAGGAUGGAAGAAUCUCAUUAACUUCAUGGGUGUUUUGUUGAAAUCGACACUUUUUUUCUUGUUGUGAAUGACCUAGCUCUCUGCUGUGAUGACUGAAAAAAAUGUUUGCAUGCAAGUGAAUUAUGACUGUUAAGUUCAUUUGGUGGGCAGGAUCAUGAAUGAGAACCUUGUUUGUGCAAAAUGUGGUGAUGGACAUAUUGAUCUGGGCGAUUUCAUGAAAAGGAAGAACUUUUUAGGAAAGAAAUGCCACCGAAAAUCAACAUUUGCCAAAAUGACUCGGGGUAAUGAAUAUGUACGUACAUGUAUGUGGAAAGAUGACAAAAGUGCCACUUUCGUGUCAAGUAUCAACAUGUUAGCAACAUUGCUGAGCCUGAACUUUUUUUUUUUACAAUAGUAGGUUAAUUUCCACACAAUUUUUAAUUUCAAGAAUGUUAAUUUAAUAUCUACCACUUUGCCAUGGAUCGGCUUGAUUCAUAUUUUUGCAGCUUAUUUCCCCUCACAUAUUUGCCUUUAUCCACCCUCAACAAAAUCCAUAAAAUACAUUCUUUUGUAUAGCAAUGGAAAUUACCAUUCAUAAUUCCAACUGUUUUUGAAGUGUUUUGUGUUGAAUGAGUUUACAAUGUUCAGAGAAUCCUUGUGGUAUUUUGUUUGUAUGUGUGAUUCCCUGCAAAGUACUGUCUACCUUUUCAAUUGUUUUUCUAUUGUUUGAUAAUUCAAUUUUAUUUUUUGCUUGUUUUGUGAGUGACGCUCAAGAAUAUGUUAGCCACAUCCUCCUCAGGUAUUUGUCAAAAUGCCCACAUGCCACACCAGUAUGUCAUUCCUACAAUUGCAGCAAAGGUACACGUGUUGAGUGGGAAAGAAUUGAGACAAUGUGAUUUGCAGACUUGAAUGUAACUCAACUGAGAUGGACAAGCGAGGCUUUUCAUAAUAAAACAGCAGUAAAUGAUUUCUCA